AUGUUCUACGAAAUUGGCGAGGAGGGAAUGUCCAAAAACGGCACCACAGUGCCUACAAGAGAAGGCGCUCACGGACCUCCGGCGACAGAGGUCGAGGGCUCCUCUGUCUGGUCUAGCGACGUCGAGAACGAUGACGACGAUAGCCUCAGAUCUGCCUUAGCAGCAGAGGACAAGAAGGCUCGACGACGUGCUCAGAUUGCCAAGUCUGCAAGAAAGCACCGCAUUCGGCAGAAGGCGGAACUCCUCGAGCUGCGGUCGCAAGUCCAGGAACUCACCGCGUCGUUGGCGUCGUGUUGUCGAAACUGCAGGCGACCGCCUCAUGACAGCAUUCCACCGCUGGACAUGUCGGACGACCAUGAGGACUUUGGUGUGCAAGCAUCGCUACGAGGAUUGUGGCUAAACGCUCCGCUGCAAACUGCCGACACCGGCCCAGGUCCGAACGUCUACCACCCUUUCCACCAUCUCACGGCAGACCCUGCUCACCGGCAUGCGACGCUUCUGGCCAUCGCCAAGCCCGCACCUUUGCGCAUGUACAACCAAAUCCUUGAAGACACGCACUCAAUCCCGUCGUUUCCGCCGUACGUGGAUGUUCGCAUGACCGGCAUGGGCGAAAACGUCAGCAUUAAGUUUUGCCGCGUGUGCGAAAUCACAAACUUCGACCACAAGACCGUGUCGGACGUAUUCUGGGCGAUCUUCUGGGGCUUUGGCGACGACAACGUCGUGAUGAACGCUGGUCUGUGCCGCCGAAAGCGCAUCCUCCAAAUGGACUCGAUGUCCCAUUACGAGCACGUAACGUACUCGGUCCCCAACAUGCCCGACGUCCGACUCGAGUCGCUUGACGUGGUCACGCGCUCCAGCGAUCCCAAUUACACGAUCUUCACGUGGGAGUCGAUCGACCAAGACGACUUGUUUCCAGCCGCCCCGCCAGACUACCACCCGACCACGACCACCGUGAUUCGCCGCGAGGAAAUCGGAAGCGUGAUGUUUCGCACCGAGAGCGACGCCGAUGGCAAUAUCCGCACCGUCCUUCGCACUGUCAUCUACUCGCGGCCGUUCGUGCAAACCCUGCCCAAGAAGACGACGAGGGACAUGAACGAGCCGUUUGCGCAUCUCUAUUGCCGCCUCAACGUCGUUGCCGAAGAGCACGUGUCCCGCUAUUUGUUGCAAAAGUUCAUGUCCAACUAA